UGUUCAGUUGGCACCAGAGCACUUUGGACAUUUUGUAUGUUUUUUACGAUUAUGGUCAAAUGUUAAGUCUUCUGUUGGUUGCUAGGUAACGAAUUGAUUUUCGUCAAAUGAAUUCGCCAAUGAGGCAGCGGUGACCUGUAUCAAAUGCCAACCUAAUAACAACCCUCCCACAUUGUUGCAUGGUAGUGAAAGUGUGGCACAUUAACUUUAACAAAAGGUGUUGCACUCGUUGUUUUUACAUUAGCCAGUAAUGCUAGGCUAAAUUAGAGCUAGCUGAUGAAUGGAGGGAAACAGACCGGAAGUCCUCCCCCUCCUUCAUCCAUCCCUCUCCACGCUUCUCUCUUUCCCAGCAUCCCUCUCUCCUCCUCCUCCUCCUCACUCUUCUUCCAUCGUCCAGAGUCAUCCGAGUGCUUCCCAAGUGUUCUUGGACUGGGAUCCGGUCCGGCUCGUCGUCAUCAUGACCCAGGUGGUUCCGACUCAUCCUGCUGCUUUGACAGCUCCGGCUCCGCCUCCUGCUACCCCUCCGACCAAUAGGAAGGCGUCUCCUUGUCGCUCAGCCUCCAGUCUCAGGAGCCCCACAGAACUGUCCGAGGCACUGCGGGACAAAGAUUGUCGCGCUAGGCAGCAGCUGGAGCGCAGCGGCAAGGAGCGAGAGCGCAAGAUGGCGGCGCAGAGGCGGAAGGAGCACCAGCGCCGCCUGGCGGCCGAGGAGAAGAGACAGCAAAAGCAUGAGGCCGAGAAGGAGAGGCUGGAGGCCCUGGUGCGCCGGAGAGCCGGAGGAGGAGGAGGAGGAGAGGCCCGGGACCACCAGGACAACCGGCCUAAGCGAUGGACGUGGGGCGGGCCCCCUGAUGGAGUGGAGGGUAACACUAAGACCCCGCCCUGCCACCCCAUUGGCUCCGCUCUGGCCAAUCGGCUGCCCGCUGCUUCCAGCACCCACCAAUCCCGUAACGUCUGCGAAUUCCUGACCCCGCCCGACCCGUCAGAUCAACCAAUGAGCAAGCAGCUGUCCAACUCGUCCUCCGACCUUCACCCGACAGAGACGGCUUCUUCCAACAAGCACAGACCUCACAGAAGUUCGUCCAACCGCAGGAGCAUUGCCGCGUUCCCCGAGGACACGGCACGAGCCAAAACGCCCACGGGAGAGGUUCCUUCUGCACCUGUUCGUAGUUCAUCCUUCAGAGCCAACGGUAAAGGUCCUGCUACACCCAAAAGGAUGCGGUCCAGCAGGAGUCGGGCUGCGUCGCCGUGUUCGCCGGGUCAGUACCCGCCGUCGCCUCUCCGGCAGAGGGCCACCACUCCCGGUGGCGACGACAGGGGUCACCACGGCGCCCCGGACAGGAAGUCCGCCAAAUCCGAAACCUCGGAGAAGAAGAUGUCCAAAUCUACCAGCAGAGAAUUGUGUGCAGAGUCUCCGGGAACGCCCACGGGCCGCGGCGCGGGCGGCACCUUGGACGCGGAGGAGGCGUCGCGACUGCUGGCCGAGCGGCGCCGCCUGGCCAGGCUACAGAAGGAGCAGGAGGAGCGGCAGCGGCAGGAGGACGAGCUGCUGAGGGCCGAGGAGGAGCGCAGGGGUCAGCAGGAGGCCCGGGAGCUGCAGGAGAGAGCGGCGCGGCAGGCGGAUGAGGAGCGAGCCCGGCGCGAGGAGGAGAGGAAGAGCAGAGAGGAGGAGGAACGCCGGCAGAAGGAGCAGCGAUGGAAGAACAUGCAGGAGCAGCUGGACAAAGAGAGGGAGGAGGCCUUCCAGCGAGCCCAGCGCGAAGCCGAGAGGAAGAGGAGGGAGCGGGAGCAGCUUCACAUCCAGGAGGAGCAGGAGAGGUUGCAGAGGAAGAAGAGAAUUGAAGAAAUCAUGAAAAGAACACGCAAGAGUGACGUGGACGCUCCGCUUGGUGCUGCAGCCUGCGACGUGAAGUCGGAGAUUGCGGCGCUCAACCUGGACGAGGACGCCGGGACCCCCGCCGGGACCCCCGUCGAGACCCCCGUCGUCCUGCUGGGAACGCUGGAGAACAAGAGCUGCUUGGACGAGCUGUCGGACGGCGUCCAGUCCAUGGAUGUCAGUUCUCCGUCUGUGUCCGCUAGCCCCGUGUCCAGGGACGAGCCGGCCAGCGCUCAGGACUUCUCCCCGGUCGCGGACCGCUGCCCCCUGGAGCACCUGAUGGACGUCGACCCGCAGGCGCCCCCCUACCCCAAGCUGCAGGCCGGCAGCGGGGUGGGCGACCUUAACGAGAACCUCCUGAUCCGAGCGUACAACGGCACCGCCACCGAGUCCUCUCCGCUCAUCCGCAGCGUCUGCCCCGGCGAGGUGGACGUGUGACGUGGUGGACGUGGACGCGCAGGAAACUUGCAUCCUCGGCUUCUCGACUGAGCGCAGCAUCAACGAUCGUCGUUUUUUUCCCACCAGGAAUCGCGACUGCUCAUCAUCCUGCAAGCUGAUCGACACCCUAAAACAUCCCAAAAUGAUCCCGCGUCAUCUCCAGAUAACUACUUCAUUAAUUCCAAACCUAACUGGUUGAUUUAGUGAUUGAAUGAUGACACAUUGCAAUAGGCCAAAUGUUUAUAAACAAUAGGCGCCAGGAUACUUCCGGGUGGCAGAACACGAGUGACUACCGCUGACCUGAACAGAAACCAUGACAAAAACUGUUUGGGAUAUACCCCACAAGGUUUAAGUUCUUUUCCAAUUUACUUUUAAGAAAAAGCUACGAUAUGAAUUUCUAUUUUUGAAUCAAUUUACCUGUUGAGGUGUAAAUUUUGGCCUCUGCUGGCUCUCCCCUACUCACGUAGCAUCUUCUUUUCAACCAACACUUCACACUUUCAAACUCUGGCAGUAAAGAAGAAGGCUAAAAAUCAUCAUUCAGGCCAUUUAAAAAUUCCCAGCGAUGCAUUGACUGUUUUCAGCAUUUCUCUGCCUUUGUCAAAUGACAAAGUAGGGCUCCACAAUUAAUCAAAUUUUAAUCGUGAGCACGAUUUUGGCUGCCACCAUUAAAUGAACCUGAUCUUCGGCGAUAUUUACAUUCAAAUGCAGACCUUGCUGCAGAUCUAAUCAAGCAUUUUCUCAAGCAGUAGACAGCCAACCACCAGGGGGCGCACGCAAACCAGAUACUUCCAUAUUUAUUCAGUUAGCCCUUGGUACUUUUUUUAAAUCAUUGGGUAAAUUCUCUACACUACUUAUAGCUAAAAUGAUAAUCCAUUCAUUUACAAGUUUCAUUUUGCAGGGAAAAUUGUGAACAUAUUGUUUGUUGAAUAAUAGUGCAGUCAAAAUACACUACCAUGAUGAAUAAUUGUGAUUAGUAAUCGUGAUCACAAUAUUGAUCAAAAAUAAUCGCGAUGAUCAUUUUGGAAAUAAUUGUGCAGCACUACAGGGAAGUGUUUGUUUACUAGUGGUGCCAUCGGAGAACGCUUCGCCUUUUGCCACCCGGCUGUUUUCCUGCGUUAGGAACCAAAUGAGAGGACUUCCAGAUGAUGUUUGGGAGCAACAGUUGCAACUAACAAAGAUGAUGAUGAGUAUGAAUCUGAUUACUGCAGAUCAAUCAAACAUGUUUCAGGUGACACUGAAAGAUCUCAGAAGAAGAGAGAGGAAAGGCUGGUUCCUGCCCAAGUCCAUGUGCGCCAUCUUCACUGCCACCCGCUUGCAUCGGCUCCCAGCUCGCGCUUUUGGGACCCGUGUAAAUAGUGUCGACGGGGCAGCAAACGGCGUGACUGGAGAUGUUAGCGGCCGCACUUGUAGCUUGGUUUCUCCAUGGUUUCUGCGCGUACUGUUGAUUUGUAGCCUGUAGCUUGGGCCCCAUCGGGACAUUUUGUGGACCGCAGAGUCCACGGCGAAGGGUGAGGGGCUAAGAAAUGUCACUCAGUUUUGACACCUACACAACUCACAAAAAAAAAAAAAAAUUAAGAAUCUGCUUUGAAAUUUCAGGACUUUGUUGUGAGUAGUGUAUGUGCAUAGUUGUAAGGCACUGACUAACUUCGCUAACUGCAGUGUGUAGUAUGCACUAUUAUUACUCUGUACUCCGCGCUCACUACUCCCCCCCACCCCGAAUAUACCUCACCGGUCACCUCUGUGGCCUUCCACCUCAACCGGUUCCAUCCGCCAGCACGUGCACCCCAAAGUGGAGACGCGGGAGGCGGUUGAGGAGCGACGACAAGCGAGCGUCUUCUUUCGCUUUCCACUCAUCGUGGCUGGGAGUCCGCCAUGAAGGCCACCCGUGUCUCCUCCGCCACUAGUAUGCUGCAGCCUGGUUCAAUAUAUCAUUGUAGAUGUGAUGCAUGGAUUACUGCUGAAUAGCAUAAAUAAACUUUAUCAAACCA